AGAGAAAAUAAAGGGGGCUCGUCGGGCUCGCGCAGGGCCGAGAGAGAAAAAAAACAGAGAGAGCUCGCUCAUUCCCAUUCCCAUCCCCAUCCCCUCCCCUCCCCUCGUCGGAGCCGCGCCGCCGCCUCCCAAUCCGCCGCCGCCGCCCAUGUCAAAGACGCCGGGGAAGACGCCGCGGACGCCCAGGCGGAUCCUGGAGUCCUACACCAUCAAGGGAUCCGACGGCGUCAUCCGCCCUGGGGACUCUGUGCUGAUGAAGGCGCCCGACACAUCAAAGCCUCCGUAUGUGGCCAAGAUUGAGGAAAUCGAGGCAGCAGGACCUCGGGGCGCAAAUGUCAAGGUUAAAGUGCGCUGGUACUACCGACCGGAGGAGUCCAUUGGUGGGCGCAGGCCAUUCCAUGGCGAGAAGGAGGUGUUCCUCUCUGACCACCAAGAUGUGCAGAGUGCUGAUACCAUAGAGUGCAAGUGCAACGUCUACAGCUUCCGGGACUACACCAAGCUUUCUGCUGUCAAUCCUGAGGACUAUUUUUGCCGCUUCGAGUACAAAUCAAUCACAGGCAGCUUUGUGCCUGACCGCAUAGCUGUGUUUUGUAAGUGUGAGAUGCCAUACAACCCUGACGAUCUUAUGAUCCAGUGUGAGGAAUGCUCUGAUUGGUUUCACCCUGCUUGUAUUGGAAAGACCAUCAAAGAAGCAAAGAAACUUGAGAAUUUUACAUGUGAAGGUUGUGUUGCUGAAAAUGGAAAUGGAAAUGGAGUCAAGAACGAAAAUUCCCAUGAAUCUACAGGCGAAUCAGAUGAGAAGCAGGUGCAGUCGAAGCGGCGACGGCGGUGAAGGCGAAGGCGAUCUGGACGGGAGUCCUCCAUCUCUUCACGCAUGUGAUGCGGUGGAUGUACAUUGCUGUUUCCAGUUUGAUGUAGAACGAACCUGUAUUGAGAGUCUCUUCUAGAGUCUGGCAAUCGGCCAGUUUGCGACUUUGCAUAUCCAUGUGGACCUACCUGUUAGAUGGAGUCAUUUUUCUCUCUUCUUUUUUCCAUCCCCCUUGUGUUGACAUGGACAAUGGUGUGCUUGAACGUCCUUUCUUCAUUGACUAGAAAAGAGGAUUUCAACUUUU